CCGGCCCUAGCUGCCCGCAGCGGAGCCCCGCGGCCCCAUGGAGGAGACCUAGGGCCGCCCGGGACGCGAGCGGAGCCGGCAGCGAUGCCGUCACCUGGGCAGACCCCGACCGCUGGCAGCCCAAGGACGUAGGUGCAGCCGCGCUGCGGACCCCCGGGGCGUGGAGGCAGGGAAGAGCCUUGAACCGUGAGGGGCCGUUAACUCUAAGAUGUCCUUGAGCAGCGGAGCUUCCGGAGGGAAAGGAAUCGAUGCGAACCCGGUAGAGACGUACGACAGCGGGGAUGAAUGGGACAUUGGCGUAGGGAAUCUCAUCAUUGAUCUGGACGCUGAUUUGGAGAAGGAUCAGCAGAAGUUGGAAAUGUCGGGCUCCAAAGAGGUGGGGCUGCCGGCACCCAACGCGGUGGCGACCCUGCCCGAUAACAUCAAGUUUGUGAGCCCGGUGCCAGGCCCGCAGGGCAAGGAGGGCAAAUCCAAGUCGAAAAGGAGCAAGAGUGGUAAGGACAGUGGCAAGCCAGCCCCGGGGACCUCCUUGUUCACCCCCAGCGAGGGAGCUGGCGGCAAGAAGGAGGCUCAAGGACGCUCUGGGGACGGCGCGAACUCUGGUGGCUUGGUGCCUGCCGUCACCCCCAAGGGCUCGGAGAAGUCGGCCAAGGCAUCUCGCAGCGUGGCCGGCUCCAAGAAGGACAAGGAGGGUGGUUCAUCCAAAAGCAAGAAGGAAAGGAGUGAGGGUGCGGGGGCUCCGUCGGAGAAGGAGCCUGGUGUGCUGCAGCCCCUGGCCCUGGCGGUGAGGGUGGGACAGUACGAUGGUGGCCAGGGAACAGAGCCUGCUGCUGCCGAGCAGCUUGGGAGUAUAGCUAUUGACACGGGAGCUGCGCUCAAUCCCUUGGGAGUUAAGUCGGAGCUGGAGGACGGGGAAAGCGAGUGCCGGCAGCUGAAAAAGGUCAAAUCGGAGAAGAUGGAGUCUCCGGUCUCCACGCCCGCGGUGUUGCCCUUGCACCUCCUCGUCCCCGUUGUCAACAACGACAUCUCGUCGCCUUGCGAGCAGAUCAUGGUACGCACCCGCUCCGUGGGGGUGAAUACCUGCGACGUGGCCCUGGCCACCGAGCCGGAGUGCCUCGGCCCCUGCGAGCCUGGGACCAGCGUGAACCUGGAGGGCAUCGUCUGGCAGGAGACUGAGGACGGUAUGCUGGUGGUCAACGUGACCUGGAGGAACAAGACGUACGUGGGGACGCUGCUCGACUGCACGCAGCACGACUGGGCGCCUCCCCGGUUCUGCGACUCUCCCACCAGCGACCUGGAGAUGCGCAACGGCCGGGGCAGAGGCAAGCGCAUGCGCCCCAACAGCAACACGCCCGUGAACGAGACGGCCGCCGCCUCGGACAGCAAAGGGACCAGCAACAGCAGCAAGACCCGGGCAGGAGCCAACAGCAAAGGGCGCCGGGGAAGCCAGAACUCCUCGGACCACCGCACGCCGCCCAGCGGCACGGCGGAGGACGUGAAGGCCAGUCCCUCCUCCGUCACCAAGCGGAAGAGCAAACCCCUCUCCGACAUGGAGCUGAACUCCAGCUCGGAGGACUCCAAGGGCAGCAAACGCAUCCGCACAAACUCGAUGGGCUCGGCGGCGGUGCCCCCCGCCACGGUCAAGGUGGAGCCGGCUGUCCUCGACCGAAACUGCCCUUCUCCCAUCCUCAUCGACUGUCCCCACCCAAACUGUAACAAGAAGUACAAGCACAUCAACGGGCUGAAGUACCACCAGGCCCACGCACACACGGAUGACGACAGCAAGCUGGAGGCAGAUGUGGACAGCGAGUACGGCGAGGAGCCCUCCCUGCACGCAGACAUUGGGAGCUGCAACGGUGCCGCCGUCUCGCAGAAGGGCUCACUCUCACCGGCUCGCUCGGCCACCCCCAAGGUCCGUUUGAUGGAGCCCCACAGUCCGUCCCCGUCGAGCAAGUUCAGCGCCAAGGUCCCCUGCAAGAAGAAGCUGGGGGGGGAAGGAGACACCGACCCGGGUGCCCUGUCCAACGAUGGCUCUGAGGACGGUCCCUCGGUGGCUGAUGAAACGAGUAACGAUGGUUUCGACUCGCUGGAGAAGAGGUGCGUUGAUAAGGACAAGUCCAAGAAGGCAUCUGGUGCUAAGCAGGAAAAGAUGCCUUCCAAAAGCUUGAAGUCUGCCAGACCCAUUGCACCAGCCAUUCCCCCCCAGCCGAUUUACACCUUCCAGACAGCCACCCUCACCGCAGCCAGCCCCGGGUCCUCCACGGGCCUGACCACCACUGUGGUCCAAACCAUGCCCAACAGCCCUCAGCUCAAACCCAUCCAGCCCAAGCCUACGGUGAUGGGAGAGCCCUUCACUGUCAACCCUGCCCUCACCCCUUCCAAGGAGAAGAAGAAGAAGGACAAGAAGAAGAAGGAGCCCAAAGAGGUAGAAAAUCCUCUGACUCCUGGCAAGGUCUGCAGAGCAGAGGAAGGCAAGAGCCCUUUCCGGGGAGAAUCCAGUGACCUUGGGACGAAAGGUGAGGGACUGCUGAACGGUUCGUCUGACCCCCACCAGAGCCGGCUUGCCAGCAUCAAGGCUGAAGCAGAUAAGAUCUACAGCUUCACUGACAACGCCCCAAGCCCCUCCAUCGGUGGUGCCAGCAGGCUGGAGAACACCAACCCGGCCCAACCCAUGACCCCGCUUCACGUCGUCACCCAGAAUGGGGCAGAGGCGAGCUCAGUGAAAACCAACAGCCCAGCCUACUCGGACAUCUCUGACGCCGGGGAGGAUGGGGAGGGCAAGCUGGAGAGCGUGAAGGUGAAGGACCCAGAGCAGCUGGUCAAGGAAGGUGCCAAAAAAGCUCUUUUCCCCCCACAACCACAGAGCAAAGAGUCUCCCUAUUACCAAGGCUUUGAAACCUACUACUCCCCUGGCUACCCCCAGGCAAGCCCAGGUCCCUUGAACCCCAGCAGCCAGGCUGCGGCCGAGACACAAGCCUUGAAGCUGAAGAAGGAUGAGGAACAGGAGAACCCAGAGGUGAAGGUGAAGAGCGAGGGCAGUGAAGAGAAGAAGGCAGAGCUCAGCAGCUCCAGCCAGCAGCCCUCGGUCAUCCAGCAGCGUCCCAACAUGUACAUGCAGUCCCUCUACUACAACCAGUACGCCUACGUGCCACCCUACGGCUACAACGAGCAGGGCUACCACGCUCACCUGCUGAGCACCAACCCUGCCUACCGCCAGCAGUACGAGGAGCAGCAGAAGCAGCGGCAGAGCCUGGAGCAGCAGCAGCAGCGAGGGCUGGAGAAGAAAGCGGAGCUGGGCUUGAAGGAGAGGGAGGCAGCUCUCAAAGAGGAGUGGAAGCAAAAGCCGCCCAUGCCCCCGACGCUCACCAAGGCCCCGAGCCUCACGGACCUCGUCAAGUCGGGGCUGAGCAAGGCCAAGGAACAGGGAGGUGCCGACAUGGCCAAAUCCGUCAUCAUCCCCAAGCUGGAGGACUCGUCCAAGCUGUCUGGCAGCCAGGUGGCCGAGGGACUGAAGGUGAAGCUGAGCGAGGCCGGCCACCUCGGAAAGGAGACCACUGAGACGAAAGCUGGCUCCGAGUGCGGCCGGCAAGCAGAGGUGGACCCCGUGCUCUGGUACAGACAGGAAGCAGAGCCCCGUAUGUGGACCUAUGUUUACCCUGCGAAGUACUCGGACAUCAAGACGGAGGAUGAGCGGUGGAAAGAGGAGCGGGACAGAAAGUUGAAGGAAGAAAGAAAUCGAAGCAAAGACGUUGUGUCCAAGGAGGAUGGGAAAGAGAGCACCAGCUCCGAGUGCAAACUGACCCCCACCGAGGAGGCUCGCAUGGUGGGAAAGGACCCCAGACCCAGUGUCCACGUCCCCGUGUCCUCACCCCUCACACAGCAUCAGUCCUACAUCCCCUACAUGCACGGCUACUCCUACAGCCAGUCGUACGACCCCAACCACCCCAGCUACCGGGCCAUGCCCACAGUCAUGAUGCAGAACUACCCAGGAUCGUACCUUCCCUCCAGCUAUUCCUUCUCCCCGUAUGGGAGCAAGGCAUCCGGGAGCGAUGACAGCGACAAGUCCCGAGCCAGCCCCAGCGUCAGCUGUAAAUCCAGCUCUGAGUCCAAGGCCCUGGACAUCCUGCAGCAGCACGCCAGCCACUACAAGAGCAAAUCGCCCACGAUAAGCGAGAAGACAUCUCAGGAGAGGGACCGCAGCGGCUGCGGAGUGGUGGGGGGCAGCGGGAGCUGCAGCAGCGUCGGGGGAGCUGGCAGCGGGGAGAGGAGCGCGGACCGUCCCCGGACCUCACCAUCUCAGCGCCUGCUCUCAACACAUCAUCACCACCACCACCUCGGGUACUCACUGCUGCCGGCGCAGUACAACCUGCCCUAUGCAACAGGUCUGUCCUCCACAGCCAUCGUGGCCAGCCAGCAGGGCUCCGCUCCCUCCCUAUACCCACCGCCCCGGAGGUGAGAAUGGACGUGAGGCCGGGACGCCUGGGCUGUACGAGACAUGUGACUGGCUCACAUGGGGACACGCUGGAGACUCCUUUAGACAUCAGUUGAAUGGUGUUAAUUGUUCUGCUUGACGUUCCUGCCGUGAUCUGAGGCAGACUCUGUCUUCUCCCCCCGUCGGACACACACUGAAUCCCCCCCUCCCCCCCCCCCCCCCCCCCCCCCCCCUUUGGCGAGUGGGCAAGCUGGUACCUACGGAAAUAUUUAUUCUACUGGGCACCGGCACUUGGGAUGGAAGUGAAUCGCCUGCCUGGUGCAUAUGAAGAGGAAACGGAAGCACUGAGGUUUCUCGAUGGAUUUGUGGCCCUGCUGUGUCCCUGCGAGUCGCCGCGUCACCAUUGGGGCCGAGUGUCACAGGACUUGGGGCGGGCGGUGCAGGCUGGGACGCUGCCACCUGCGCCCCCCCGUGAGGCUCGACCCGCGGGGCCGAUCCCCGAGGGGAGGCACGGUCUCAGGAAAGGAAGUUCCAGCAGCACCGCGUGGGUGACACAGAGCCAAGGCAGGGGACGGGGAUGGGGGGGGACGGCAGCUUCGCGGGAUGCAGCCAUGGGGGUGGGGGUGGGGGGGAGGGGUGCACAUCAGCGGGUCAAGCGAUCUUGCUUCCAUCGGCCUCAGCCCCUCUCCAGGCGCCUCCGCCCUCUCCCAGCCCCACGGCUCCGGGCCGGGCAGCGGGACGGGGCGCUGAGGGCUGCCGCCAGCAGCACCCACCACCCGGCCCUGCUGCCAGGGUUUCUCCCCAGUGCCUUGUUACGGUCCAGCCCUGACUGAAGCUCAUUUCCAAGGCUUCCAAGUUGGUUUCUGAGCUGUGACUCUGCAACCCACCCACCCUGCCCCGGGCCUUUCCUCAGCCCUGCGCCCCAGGGAAAGCGGCUACACUUCGCAUCCUCUCUUCCCUGUCUCCAUUGACUUCCCCAGGCUGCGAGCAGAGCUCAGCGAGGAACAAGCACACUUAGGCUCUGCCAGAGGCACCUGGGGCUGCGCAGGCCCCGUGCCGGGGUGCAGGGCACCAGCCCCCCGAAGCCGCUUCCCGGCGCCCCAGGACAGGGGCUUUCUGGUCCUCUGCCCGCCCCAGCCGCAGUGUGGCUCCCCCCGGGCCGGCUCGCUACCUCGGCCCGUGGCCGCCCCGGCUCUCCCCACCAUCCCUGCCCGCUGCCAUCCCUUCCAGGCUGGGGGAGUGCCGGGGGGGUCCCCUCGGUCUGCGGCAGUCUCCGUCGUGUGCGUGCGCGUGCGUCACACCCGGCCCUGAGGGGUCGCUGUACCGGGAUGCUCUGCCCGCCGGGCUCUGUACAUACUGUAAAAAGCAAUUGUUUGAAAACUGUUGUUUUUGGGUUUUGUUUUCUUUCCCCUGUCCUGUCCCAUCCUCCCCGCCCCUUUCCCCUCACCCACUUUACCUGGUUGGAGAGAUGCUCGCUGGCCCCGGUUCUGACCAUGGCAGCGUGGUGGCCCCAGCCUGCUCUCCUCGACGCCUCUUAGUUCGACUCAUUUUUUUUCUUCCUCUCUUCGUUGACUUUGCAAGGUGGUGGGGUCAGGGCGACGCGGGGAGCCCCUCAGUGCACCCCGCUGAGGCUGCUCCAGUGUGCGAGGAGGGUGCCUGGGUGGGUGGGGGGCUGCUCCCCGCCUCCUUGGGACCUGGUUGCCUCUCCCUUUAGGUGUCAAGUGAGCCAGCAGCUGAAGCAGAACAGGGCCGUUGGACGUUCCCAGGGCCAGCUCCUGCCCACGGGGCCCCCAGCCCCCUGGGGCCCUGUCCCCAGCCCCUGCCCGCGAGCGGGCACCCGCCCGGGUGUUGCACCGUUGAUGUUUAUAGCGCUCGUUUCCAUUGGAGUUGCUGUGUUGGGUUUCAUUUCAGUCUUCCUGAUUCUGCCCUUCUGUAAAGUGUACAUUAUUACC